CGCUGCCCGCAUCCCUCCCUCCAUCCCUCCCUCCAUCCCUCCCUCCAUCCCUCCCUCCAUCCCUCCCUCCCUGGCUGGCCGCGGGCGUGUCGCGGAGCCGUGUGGCUGUCCCCGCCGCUGUCCCCCGAGCCCGCGGCGUGCAUGGCCCUGCUGGGGCGGCGAUGGCUGCGCGCUGAUGGCUCAGCUCGCCAUGGCUGCCAGAGAGGAGCUGUACAGCAAAGUCAUCCCCCGGCGGGGCCGCCAGCAGCGCGGAGGCACCAUCCGGCACGGCUCGGCGCUGGAGAUCCUGCUCUCCAUGGGCUUCCCCCGGGCACGGGCACAAAAAGCGCUGGCAUCGACAGGUGGAAGGAGCGUUCAAGCAGCAUGCGACUGGCUCUUCUCCCACGUGGGUGACCCGUUCCUGGAUGACACCCUGCCCCGGGAGUACGUGCUGUACCUGCGCCCCACCGGGCCCCUGGCGCAGAAGCUCUCGGAGUUCUGGCAGCAGUCGAAGCAGAUCUGUGGCAAGAACAAAGCUCACAACAUCUUCCCCCACAUCACCCUCUGCCAGUUCUUCAUGUGCGAGGACAGCAAGGUGGAUGCUCUGACAGAAGCCCUGCAGGCCACGGUGAUGCGCUGGAAAUGCAAAUUCCCCACCCCGCUGCCUCUGGAGCUCUACACCUCCUCCAACUUCAUCGGGCUCUUCGUCAAGGAGGAAAGCGCCGAGGUGCUCAAGAAGUUCGCUGCAGACUUCGCUGCAGAGGCGGCUUCCAAAGCAGAUGUGCACGUGGAGCCCCACAAGAAGCAGCUCCACGUAACCCUGGCUUACCACUUCCAGAGCAGCCACCUGCCCACGCUGGAGAAGCUGGCCCAGAGCAUCGACGUCAAGCUGGGCUGCGACUGGGUGGCCGCGAUCUUCUCCCGCGACAUUCGCUUCGUCAACCACGAGACUCUGCAAGUGAUCUACCCCUACACCCCCCAGAACGACGACGAGCUGGAGCUGGUCCCAGGGGACUUCAUUUUCAUGUCCCCAGUGGAGCAAAGCAGCACGAGUGAGGGUUGGAUUUAUGGCAUUUCCCUUGCCACUGGCUGCUCGGGGCUGCUGCCCGAAAACUACAUCACCAAGGCGGAUGAAUGUGGGACCUGGGUGUUCCAUGGGUCCUACUCCAUCCUGAACACCACAGCUUGCCCAUCCCUUCAAGCCUUUGCUGAUGGAGCUCUGGAGAGAAGGCAGCAGGAAGAGCAAGGGCCAGGGGAUGCUGGGCCACUCACCAUCAUCUGCCAGAACGUGCAGCCCCUGAGGAUCAGCAGCCAGCCGGGCCCUCGGAAGCGCUGCCUGUUCGUCUGCAGGCACGGCGAGAGGAUGGACGUGGUUUUUGGCAAGUACUGGCUGUCCCAGUGCUUCGAUGCCAAAGGCAGGUACAUGCGCAGUAACCUGAACAUGCCUCACAAUUUACCUCAGAGGAGUGGUGGUUUCAGGGAUUACGAGAAGGAUGCUCCCAUCACCGUGCUGGGCUGCACCCAGGCAAGGCUCGUGGGUGAAGCCUUGCUGGAAACCAACACCAUUGUGGACUACAUCUACAGCUCGCCGUCCCUGCGGUGUGUGCAGACAGCCCACAACAUCCUGAGAGGGAUGCAGCAGGAGAACAAGCUGAAGAUCCGGGUGGAGCCCGGCCUGUUCGAGUGGACCAAGUGGGUGUCCGGGAGCUCCCUGCCCGCCUGGAUCCCGCCCGUGGAUCUGGCUGCAGCCACGCUCAGCGUUGAUACAACCUACAGACCUCACAUCCCCGUCAGCAAGCUGGCGGUGUCCGAGUCCUACGACACCUACAUCAGCCGCAGCUCCCAGGUGACCAAGGAAAUCAUCAGCGAGUGCAAAGGCAAAGGAAAUAACAUCCUGAUAGUGGCUCAUGCAUCCUCCCUGGAGGCCUGCACCUGCCAGCUCCAGGGGCUGUCACCUCAGAACUCCAAGGAUUUUGUACAGAUGGUCCGGAAGAUUCCCUACCUGGGCUUUUGCUCCUGCGAAGAACUGGGGGACACUGGUGUUUGGCAGCUGACAGACCCUCCCAUCCUCCCUCUCACACAUGGACCAACUGGAGGCUUUAACUGGAGAGAAACCCUGCUGCAGGAAUAGGGAGAGCCUCUCCCAGCGCUGGAGAAUUCUCUUCUUCCUCGUCUUUUAUUGCCAGCAGGACAAACCCCCUCCUCAUCUCUCCCGUGGCUCGCUCCAAGCACAUCUCACACAGCCACAGCCCUGCGAAAAGUCUCAUUUUUACACCAAAAUGGGCUGAUUUGAGGAGGAAAAAAAAUAUUAAAAUACGGCUUGAGGCUCUUGCACAGCUGGGGGUUGGUUUCCUCACCUUGAAGGAGCUCUGGUGACACUUUCACUGCCGCUGCAGCAGGGACAAGGAGCCCUGUGCCAGGCAGGAUGCUGGGGUUGUUUUCUCACUGCUGUUUUUGCCAAGUGUCUGCAGCCUUGUUCAGCACCUCGUGCUUGCUCCUCUCCCAGCCCCAAACCCUCAGCACCUUCCAGAAAAAACGAAAGGAUUUGAUUUCCUGCCCCAAGGCUGGAAACGAGUCCAGCACUGGCUCUGCAGCUGCACCAGGUUAUUCCUGUCCUCUGAGCGUGGAGAUGGGAGUGCCCAAAAUGUGCUGGAUAUUGUGCAGAGAUUGGCUGACAUGAAGGAAAAUCCUGGAUCAGAGGAAAAUUCCAAAUUUCACAUCAGUUGCAGGUGAAGUUUGAGCAUCGAAUGUCAGCACAGCGAAAGCUGGGAGGAAUUUUUUUGAAGUAGAGAUAAAAAAAGCCUUUUCCAACCAAACCUGAGGGAUUUAGGAAGUUCAGAUUUGGGUUUGGUCAUUGAAAUCCACCUGUGUGCCCAAACUAAAAGGUUUGUGCUGUUUAAAUUCCCUUCAGGAGGCUUUGGAAAAGGGUUUUUUUUUUUCCUUUAUACUGGGAUUUUUGUGCUGGCUAUUCACCAGGAGUGUCUGUGUGUCCCUUUGGCAGCCCUGGUGAGAUUUUGCAGCCAGCAGGCUGCUCCAGGAAGGCUGGGAUGGAUAAAAAACUGCUGGAAUUCAGCUGGAAUUCUCAAUCCUUUCCUUCCUCACCCAUAGUUCCCAUGUGCCACCUGUCAUAAAGACAAAGCAGCUAAAAAACCCCAGCACAUUUCAAUUUAGGAACAACAUUUCAUGGAUUUAUCCAGGGAGGGAAGGGUUGGGAUUGGGGGAAAGUGGAAGAGGAGGGUUUCCAUCUCUACCCAAGGAGUUUGGGAUCACAAGGGGGAUCCUAUUGGUGCCAGAGCCUGCAGGAUGCUAAAAAACACCUGCAUCCCAAAAUACACCACAGUGGGUAUUUAUAACAUAAACUGGCAGCAGAGCAGGGUUUUUUAGGAUUAGAAUUAUCAAAAAUUAUCAGCUUUGAUGAUAAAUCAUCAAUUAUUUGGUGAUAAAUUAUCAAUUAUCAGUAAAUUAUAGAUUUUUUUUUAAUUUUAUUUUUUGGUGAUAGAAUAAUCUAAAAUUAUGAGCUUUGGUCAAAAAAUUGCUGCAGGCACUUCAGCAGUGCAGGUUUGCUGCCAGCAGGUCCUUAAAACUGGGUUUAAAUGGGAUUUAGGUAAACUUCCUACUUGGUUUGGGCCACAAAUGUGAGCAUUAACAGGAAUAGAAUCAUCCCAGAAUGGUUUGGGUUGGAAAAGACCCAGGCUGGCCUUGGACCCUGCCAGGGAUGGGGCAGCCACAGCUGCUCUGGGCAACGAGUGCAAAAUCAUUUCCAAAAGUGUGAAAACCACACAAGAACGAAACAAAAAGCAGCGUCCAAGGCACACUGGGGUGUUCCAGGAGGGAUUUCUGCCAUCCCUGCCCAGCUCUGCCUCUGCUGAAGCGUUUGAAAUGGGUGAAAGGCAGAGAUUUGCUGUUUAUUAUCAAAUAAAAAUCGAGUUCUCGGGGUGUUUUGGUGGAUUUUCCCCUUGGGCAGGGCUGUUGGCAGCUCCCCCCACAUCGAGCAGGGAGUGACAAAGUGCAAUUCCAGCUUCCCAAAAAGGAGAAAUAACUGGGAUGGAGCAAACCCCGAGGGGCUGAGCUCAGCUUGGGGCUCGAUUUCACGGCCAACAGCCCGGCUAUUCCCACAAUCCAUAGGAAUAUUCCAUUAUUUCUACUUUUAGGACUGUGUAACACACCUUAGGCCACUCAUAAGUGCUUUAUUACAGCAGGGAUGGAACUGAAAAAAGUCAGGGAGAAAAUUUAGGACAGGGCAGGGGAAAAAACCAACCUGGUCCUGUGUGGUUUUAUCGCUGUCAGGUUCAUUUUUAAUUGUCAUUUAAACUAUUUUUGGCUGUCUACAGAUAUUCUGAAGAGCAUUUCUUGUUUUCCUCCAUGCAAAAAAAAAAAAAAAAAAGAAAUGUAAACUAAAUACUUGACAAUCACACACACACACAAAAAUUUGGUUGCUGAGGCAUUUGAAUUCUCCAGAUUUUUUUUGUUUCAUGCCAGCAAGGUGUAAAUUGGGGCAAGAAAUAUUGUUGUGUUCUAAUAUUUAUUGCUCAGAUGCUGCUGGAGUUGAGUGACAUUAAAAGGAGUUUCUUUAGGAGCAUGAAACAGAAGGAGCAAAAGCUGAAUGCACAAUUGGAGUGGUGUUAGCUGCUCUUUGAUGUAGUAAUAGAGAAAAAAUGUUCUAGUUGAGGAGGUAGAUGUUAAAAUACUCUUCUUUAAAAAAAUAUAUAUAUAUUUUUGGAUGUUUGGGAAAUAUUUUGACAAUUGUAGUCUUGUCUCGAAUUAGGUGUCAAGAAUCACUGGGAGAAAAAAUCUUAUUUUCUUCAGCAUUUUGAGUUUUCCUGGGGGUUUUGUGUUAAGAAUUCUGGUGUGAAAAAGCUUUUUGGGGGAAAAAAGAGAAAAAAAUGUUGUUCCUUUUAAUUUAAUUGAGAGGUUAAGAAGACAAAAGAGUUGCUGCUUCACUUUCACCCCGUUGCUGCUCAUUAAUGUGGAUUGAAUGUCACUCCAGUGGUUUGUCCCAGAACAUUAAACUUGAGCUCUCCAAAAUCUUUCCCUUCCCUGUGAGCUGCAUCAGAUCCCAACUUUUAUUCCAACAGCACUUCCCAGGUUUUUCCUUCUUCCCACAAUGAAGGAAAAAAAGCUGCAAACCUGCCAAGAAGAAAUGGUUAAUCCUCACAAUUUACAAUGUAUGACUUAGGAAAAAACAAGAAUUAAACUGACAUUACACUCGAAUCAGCAGAGCUUUGCUUCUUUAUGCAAAAUGAGGAUCCAGACCGUGAUGAUUUCAGUAAAAAUUGGUAUUUCCCUUUUCACCCCCACUGAGCAGUUUCAGGCAGGAGUUGGGUCCUUCUACUGAUAAAUUCGGGGUGAAUUUAAUGAGAGCGGUGAUUUUUAUCCCCAAAUAAUGGCUUUGCUUUGUGGUUUGGCUUCUUUUCUUUGGCAGAGGAAAUGAUUUGGAAGUCUCAGGUAGGAGGGAUGGGGGAGCAGAGGUGUCACUGAACAGAAGAAAUGCAAUUAACAGCGGCUGUUAAUGAACAGGUUGGCUGCAAAGGCUCUAAAUCACUUCUUGCUGCUCCCCACUUCCUCAAAUUCAUCCCCGGGGAAUCUUCAUGACCCACAGCACAAAAUACUCAGCCAGUUCCUUUAUUGCUGCCCAUUAAAAUGGAUUUUCUGAACUUUCUCUCCUGGCAUCUCUUCAGACUUGAUGUUACCAAUAGCUCCUUUUAUUUUGUUUUGUUUCAUUUUCAACCUGUUGUAUCAUUCUGUUUAUUAUUGUUUUUUGUUUUUUGGGUUUUUUUAUUUACUGUAAGCAGAUUAUAUUUAUUUGAGGAAAAAAAAAAGUUUUGCUGUUUAAAAAAAACGAAUCAUUGUAUUGCCAAAAAUAGCUGUAAUUACCUGUGACAUCUGUAUUUUUUUAUUUUGGGGGUGGGUGGUUGUUUUUAACCUCAGUUCUGAGUGCUAACAACUGUUAAAACAACCACUGCAUUUUAAUUUGCUUCUCACAUUAAAUGGAAUUCUCAGAAAUCAGACAGAAAUAUCUCGUAGGUGAUUUAAUAAAGAUGCCAAGCACC